GAACAUCGAAAACGAAAGUUAGAUAACAGGAAGUACUCGUAAACUGGUAAAGAGACAUAUCCAAACAAUGAAUCACCAGAGUGAGAUAGAGAAGAAGAAAUACAGAAACUGGGUGAAAGGUGGAUUGGCAUAUAAAUACCUAAAACAAGGUCUAGACGGUUUUAGUGAUGAUGUUGUUGAGCAAGAACAUAGCAGAAUAUUAAGUUCUAUUAAUUGCACACCAGGUACCAUCUGUUAUCAAUGCAGUAUUGGGAAUUUGCGACCAAUACAUGCAUGCAUAACAAAUUCUGCAGGUAAUAAUGAAUGCCCCUGGGGACAGCGCAAGUGUAAUUGUUUGCACUUAAAGAAGAAAAAAUGUCGUCUUAAAAUAUGUGAUUUCAUUAUGGAAGAAAUAAUAAAAAGCCAUGGAGCCACCCCACCAACACCGAACUGGGCAAAUACAGAUAUAAAAAAGUGGUGUUUAGAGGCAUGGGAGGUCGCCAAAUGUUUCAUUAAUGCACCUGGAUAUUCGGACAAGACAAAGGCAGCUGAUAUAGACAUAUCUGGAUUACUCCAUGUCUUUAUUAAUAACACCAGUCUUCAUUCUCAUUUAGCAUGCUCAAUGGCUGGAAACAAUAUUUUUAUCAAGGUACGAGAAAGAAGAAACAAAUUGUUCCAUUCCGCUACUAUGGAAACUGAAGAAGGGGAAGUGACUGAAUGCAUAGAUGAUAUCGUUGAAAUCCUCGAAGACCAAAAAGAACUCAGAGGAAGGCCUGAAGCUCAAGAAGCUGUCAAAAAACUUAAACAAUUGAAGGAAAGCAAAUUUGUAAUAACAACCAACAAUGAGGUAGAUGUGUGUAAAGAAGCAUUAUUGUUUGUAAGCCAAAAGUCAGAUGAGCUUAAACAAGUGAUUGAAGAUGGAAAAAGAGAAGUCGAAUGUGUUAUUGACAAAGAUAUGGCAAAAGCUAAGGAAAGCAUACAAAGAGCUGAAAAUGAUGCAAAAAAGGAAGUGAACGAUCACAGCAAAAUUCUAUACGAAAGAGUAAAAAACCUGGAAACAGACGUACCUGACAAAAUGGAUAAAUUAAAAACAGACAUUUCUGAAAAAUUCGGAAAAGUGGAAUCAGUCAUUUCUGUUCUGAAAUCAGAUGUUUCUUCUGUGAAAGAACGAGUGACAGCACUAGAAAGCAAAGUUAGAGAACUUGACAGUAUACGAGAUAUAUACAAGAGGCAUUUUGAUUACGUCAAAGGGAAACAAGAGCUACAAGAUAAUCUUGUUAACUAUUACAAGACAUAUUAUAUGAGUACAUCAUUUUCACCUUUGAAGCAACAACAUGAUAGCUUUCACAUUAAAGAUGUAUAUGUAACUCCCGAGAUAGCAGUAAACGAGGAAGAUGAAUCAUUAGUGGAUAUAGAAAAAGACCAGGUAAAGAAGUUAGAGAAGAGAUAUAUUAAAGGAUACCAUGAAAUCUUUCAUUCGAAAGAACAGCAAAAUAAGAAGAUUUAUAUAUUAGGCGAUGUUGGGUCAGGAAAGAGUACUUUCUGCAAAAUGAUGAUAUAUAACUGGUGUAACGCGGUAAGUGGUAGAACCAAUGAAUCGAUCCGUGAUGAAAAUGAUCAAGAAACAACAGAAACCGUAUCCAGUGAUAUAAAUAAAGCACAUGAGUAUGAUGAUGUUAGUCAGGUGGGAGAGUAUGAAUUUCUGUUCUUUAUUCCACUACAAUAUAUGUCAGAGUUAAAGACUGACGACAUUGUUGUUAUGAUUAAAGAAUUAACAAGAGAUCAAAGUUUCGAAACGGAGUUGAUUGACAAAAUAUUUCAGGAAGACUCGGCACGUUGUCUUAUCAUCGCUGAUAGUUUGGAUGAAUGGACGCCUCCAAAAGACAUUGUGCGUAAACCACAUGUAAGCUAUGGAAUACCAAACGGACACCUUGCUAAAGAUGCAACAUUUAUCACAUUAUCUAGGCCAUCAGCAAAAGGAAUUCUUAAUUUAAAAAACUCAAAGAUUGAUCUUAAGUUACAGUUAUUAGGAAUAUCUAGUAGCUCAAAAAAAUUGUUCAUCGAGCGAUACAUUUCAAACACAAACUCAACCGGAAAGUCUUAUAAAGAAUUCAUUAAAAUUAUGAAAACAAAGCAAAUAAAUCAUGUAGAGAAAACUCCAUUGCUUUUGCAACAACUGCUGUGGCUAUAUUGUUCCAAUUUAGAACUUGGAAAGUCUGUUAGUGAAACUUAUUGUCAGAUUUUGAAUAUUAUGUGUAAUUGGUUAGAGCACAAAAAUGACGCCAAAGAUGGACGUGAUGGUCAAAAUGAUGCAAAAGAAGAUAAAAACAUAUUUUUGCCUGAAAGCUUGCAAAAAUAUCCAAGACUAAGAACCAAUAAACGAGUUUUAUUUCUAUUGGGUGCUACUGCAUUUGACGUUUUGACUUCCGGCUCCAUUAAAAAUAUAUUUGAACGACAGCAUCUUCUGGAGAAAGGACUGACUGUAGAUGAUGUCACUAAGCUUAAACAAUUUGGUAUCUUAAAAGAAAGCAACCGCUUUGACCCAACUCAGGAAGAUACACAAUAUUCUUUUAUCCACAUGUCUUAUCUUGAGUUCUUUGCCGCUUUGUAUGUGACUUCAAAUAAUAACAUAAAAGAAAAUCAAAGCUUUGGAGAGAAACGAGAUAAAAAACAAAAGGUUUUAGAAAAGCUUUUUGGUACAUGUAAAUCUGCUAGUGACAUUUUACAGUUAUCUCAUGUCAUUAAGACGGUUUGUGGUUUGUCUCCCAUCCUAAUUGGUGAUUUGUCUAAGCAGAUAUCAUGUAUUGUGAAUGAGGAUGCAGAUAUUUUACAUCUAAGAAGACAUGGGUAUAAAAAGUCGUUCAGGAAUGAUGAAAUUAUUCAGAUACAACGUCUUAUGGUAAAAUGUCUCAAAGAGUGUGGCUCUUUUGAUACGACGAUGAUCAGUAUAAGCGAUCUUUGCAUAAACGAUAUUGAACCCAUGGGCAGUCAGUUUUUACAAAGAAUCAACACAAAUGAUGUGAUUUCUCUGAGUUUUGAAGAAACAACAAAUACAAAUGUGGUAGACUACAUCACACAAUGCAAACACCUGCAACACAUUUAUAUCAAAAAUGUUUCCUUCAGUAAUGAAGAAUUUUCAUGUUUAUCACAGCAAGAAUGUGUUAAACAAAUGACAUUGCGUGGUGUAAAGGUUGAAGGUACUUCACAACUUGGUAUACUUGACCUCUCUAGCCAGAAACAGCUUCAGAUACUUCAGUUAAUCAGCUGCACAAAUAUUAAAAUUUCUAACCUUGUUACUGAACAUCUUGAACAAGUGUGCAUUAAAGACUGUCAUAAUGUAUUAGAUUUUAAACUUUUAUCAAAUGCCACCAGACUGACUGAUGUCUACAUUGAGACUUAUUAUAGAACUUGGGAAACAUAUCCUGAACGUCAUUUCAUGGAUAUGUCUAAACAGAAUCAUCUCAGAACACUUACACUCGUUAAUAAUCCUGGUAUAGUAAUUACAGGAUUAAACGUUGAACAACUUGAAAUGGUAAAUAUUCAAUAUAUUGAUGAACAUACAACUUCAAAAGAUAAGAAACUGUUAUCGUAUGCAAGCAAAACCAUGGAACUUCACGUGAAAGACCUCACGAUAAGUGAAGCAACACUUAUACCGUUAUUACAAAAGACAACUUUAAGACAUGCGACAUUGGAUAAUGUUAAAUGUUACCAGGAUACACAUCUUCAUAUUGACCUGUCGGGACAGAAUCAUCUCCAAAAACUUACGCUUGUAGACAGCCCUAGUAUAGUUAUUACAAGACUAAACCAACACCACUUCAGCAUGUAUAUAUCGGCUACAGUAAUCAUUAUGUAAGUAA